AUGAGGGAGGGCUGCAGGGUUCUGGUUGAUGCACGGGACAAAUUGGGGAUCCCUUGGCAGUACACGGAGAAUGAGAAGCAUGGAAUGUUUUUGAUGGCUUUUGAAAACAAAGCUGGAAUGCCCAUAGAGCCUGCCACCUUCCAGCUGUAUGUACCUGCACUGGGCGCGCUGUGGAGGGAUUCAGGAAUCAAGGAAGCCUUCAGCCGUCGGAGCGAGUAUCAGCUGGGUGAAUCGGUGAAAUACUUCCUGGAUAACCUGGAUCGGAUCGGUCAGCUGAACUAUUUCCCCAGCAAACAAGAUAUUUUGCUGGCUAGAAAAGCCACCAAAGGGAUAGUAGAGCAUGAUUUCAUCAUUAAAAAAAUACCUUUCAAGAUGGUGGAUGUGGGUGGACAGAGAUCUCAGCGUCAGAAAUGGUUCCAGUGCUUUGAUGGAAUAACUUCGAUUUUGUUUAUGGUCUCCUCUAGUGAAUACGAUCAGGUUCUGAUGGAAGACAGGCGCACAAAUAGACUUGUGGAGUCCAUGAAUAUCUUUGAGACAAUAGUCAAUAACAAGCUUUUCUUUAAUGUUUCUAUUAUCCUAUUCCUCAACAAGAUGGAUCUUCUUGUAGAGAAGGUAAAGACUGUCAGCAUUAAGAAGUAUUUCUCGGACUUCAAAGGCGACCCUCACAGGCUAGAAGAUGUUCAACGUUAUCUGGUGCAGUGCUUUGACAGGAAGAGGAGAAAUCGUAGUAAGCCUCUCUUCCAUCACUUCACCAUGCCAUAGACACUGAAAAACAUCCGCUUUGUGUUUCAUGCGUGAAGGACACGAUCCUUCAAGAGAUCUGAAGGAUAUUAUGCUGCAGUGAAGGAAAACAGGCAAUGUCCUGUUGAAGUUGCCAGGAGGGUUAGAUCAAGUUUUUAUCCUUUCUUUAUGGCCCUUGCAUGUGGUGUAGGACCCAUGCUAAUACUUGGCUCAGGAAUGCUGUAAACUAGCCAGUCCAAACAGAGGAGCUAUAGGCCGAAGGAGUCAAAUGCUGAUGUUAGCUACUGAAUCAUUGGACUAGAAACACUACUGAAACAUGGCCGUUGUAGGUUCUGUACCUAGCUUGGAAUGCUGAAUAACACAACCACUUCUGCCUUCUUAGAAAAAAAGAAAUCUCUGACAAAACCAUGUAUGGAAGACACAAAUUUAAAUGAGUAUGCUCAUUUUCAGAGACACAGUCGUUACAAAACUGCCUUUUUUUUGUAGUUUGGAGGUGCUGAAAUCGAUCAAAUUAAUGUUAAUGUAAUGA